AUGGCGGACGGCGAGGGCGCCGCCGUGGCCUGGGGCGAGAGGCUCACACGCUGCCUCGACUCCUUCGGCCGGCCCAAGAGAUUGUUCGUCUUCGUCAACCCCUUCGGCGGCAAGAAAUGCGCCAAGAAGAUCUACGACACGGAAAUCAAGCCUCUGUUUGAAAGCUGCGGGUGUGAGCAUCACACUGCAAGAGACCGAGUCGAGGUGGCGUCUUCCCUCGACCUCGUAGAGUACGACGGCGUCGUCUGCGUUAGCGGUGACGGCGUCCUCGUGGAGGUUAGCGAUACAUCACGCAGCCUGAUGUCUGAAUUUUUUUAA